AUGACCUACAUGAGUAGAGGAAUUGAACAAGCAAAAUACAACUUGCAUAAGCUGGUUAUGAUCUUUUUCAUUCUAGCCUGCCCUGAUGAAUUAUUUAAUGAACUUUGUAAGUCACCUUGUGCUAAAGUGAUUAAAACAUUAAAGGAGAUAAAUAUUGCCUUUCUACCAUAUGAAUCACAGAUUUUCUCUUUGGAUACUCCAGAUUCUUUCCAAUAUUACUAUAACCCAGCUAAAGCUUCUCUUCGUACUGCUCACUUGGAAAGGAUUGCUGAGCAAGUAGCAACAUUGUGUGCCACAUUAGGAGAAUAUCCUUCAGUCAGAUAUAGAAGUGACUUUGAUCGUAAUGUUGAGCUUUCCCAGCUCAUUCAGCAGAAGCUCGAUGCAUAUAAAGCAGAUGAACCAACAAUGGGGGAAGGGCCAGAGAAAAUGAGAUCACAACUUUUGAUCCUUGACCGAAGUUUUGAUUGUGUUUCUCCACUUCUCCAUGAGCUGACAUUUCAAGCGAUGGCUUAUGAUCUUCUUCCAAUUGAGAAUGAUGUGUACAAGUUUGAAGCAUCUGCUGGCAAUGAUGUGAGGGAGAAAGAGGUCUUAUUAGAUGAGAAUGAUGAAAUUUGGGUAGAGCUUCGUCAUCAACAUAUUGCAGUGGUUUCACAAGGUGUAACCAAGGAGUUAAAAAAAUUUAUUGACAGUAAGAGAAUGACCUCAUCUACUGAUAAGGCAAGUAUUAAAGACCUCUCCACAAUGAUCAAGAAGAUGCCUCAGUACCAAAAAGAACUGAGCAAGUAUGCUACUCAUCUUCACCUGGCAGAAGAUUGUAUGAAGGUUUACCAGGGCUAUGUGGAUAAGUUGUGUAAAGUAGAACAGGACCUGGCUAUGGGUACUGAUGCAGAAGGUGAACGUAUUAAAGAUCCCAUGAGGAACAUUGUGCCCAUUCUCUUGGAUACCAAUGUUACUACUUUUGACAAGAUUCGUAUUAUACUGUUGUACAUUCUCUCUAAAAAUGGAAUAUCUGAAGAAAAUCUAGCCAAACUUAUCCAACAUGCCCAGAUUCCAGCUGUAGAGAAAUGUAUCAUCACUAACAUGGCAAAUCUUGGCAUCAAUAUUGUCACUGAUGGAAGCAGGAAAAGAUUGUAUCAAGUCCCAAGAAAGGAACGUAUCACGGAACAGACCUACCAGAUGUCCCGUUGGACUCCUUCUAUUAAGGAUGUCAUGGAGGAUGCUAUUGACGAUAAGUUGGAUAGCAAGCAUUUCCCUUUCCUGGCUGGUCGGGUGGCACCAUCAGCUUAUGGUCGACCAACUCCUACAAGUGUGCGAUAUGGCCACUGGCACAAAGAUAAAAACACACCAAAUGUGAAGAAUGUUCCUCGUUUGAUUAUAUAUGUGAUUGGAGGAAUUACUUAUUCUGAGAUCCGUUGUGCAUAUGAAGUCACAAAAGUAAUGAAGAAUUGGGAAGUUAUGCUUGGAUCUGACCAUAUUCUCACACCUGAAGGGUUUCUUAGUGAUCUUCGUGACCUGAGCAGCUAAUGUGGUCAAAAGUUACCAGUAAAAUAUGAAAAUGUGGGCUAUUAACAUUAAAUUUUCUAAUCUAAUUAUUAGGUAUGCACUAAGAAGUGGCAUUGACCUCUUACUUGUUUCUUCUGUAUAGUCUUUGAUGUUUUUAUCAAUUCUUGAAACUAUUUAUCGUUUCAACAAAACCCAAAUAAUUGAAGGUUUUAACGAUCUUUUUACUUACUUGUUAAGAUAAAUUUUCCUAUCAUUAUGCAUCGGGUGUUGAAAUUUAUUUAUUUUGUGUGUUUAAUCUCGGUAUAUAUAUGCAUAAUGUAACAUGCCACUAUUGUUUACUGAAGCAUAAACAAAAUUCACAAAAUCACCCUUUGACUUUUUCAAAAGAGCAAGAGGUACAAGUGUUCAUAAAUCUUUGAAGUAAGAUCUUUACAGCACAAUAUACAAUUCAACGUAGCUCAACUAAACAGAAUAAAAGUAUGAGGACUAAAUAGGAUGUUUAUAGACCAUUCAUGGCUAGUGCAGAUUGACGUACGCCAUCCUUAUUAUUCUUACAGCACAAGGUUACACCUGUAUUAUACUCCUUUCAAUUCACAAUGUCCAGUUCAACAGAACAAUGAAAUGAACAGGACUAAGGUAAGAUACUGUGUCUUGUGUAGAUUGACGUACACCAUCCUCACAAACAUACAUAAUACAUUUUCUCAUCGUGUUACUGUUGCGUAAGAGGAUUUGACACCUUUUAUUAUGACUUCUGUUGUUUUUGUUUUUUCGUGUAUUUCCCAAUUGUGGGAUUUUCAAACCACUAUAAAAUUGGUAAAGGACAAUUAUUAAAAAUAUCUGUUGUUUAAAGAUCAAUAGAAGAAUUUUCAUUUGAUAAAAUAAAUUGUGAAUUUUCACUAAAUGUUUUUUUUUUUUUCAUUGUGAGUGAAUGUCCAUGUAAUUUAUUUACAUCCUUAUACCUGAUGCUUCCUUAGCAGAGAGUCCAAGGAUGAUAUUGUAUGAUUUAAUAUUUUAGUAUUGUGUGUGGGUUGUGCUUCAGCAAACAAUAUUAACGUUAGUAGAACAAGUAUAUCAUUGUAAGUGUUGUGAGAUCAUUAAACAUUUGCUCCACUUUAGGUGAUACAGUAUUAUUAAACUUGCUCUGCAAUACAUAAUUUGUCAAGAAUCAUUCUUAAAUUGAAUGUAUUUAGAAAAUAUUUAGCACAUUACAUGUGUUUAAGAGUAUUUGUUUUGGUAGCUUAAGUUAUAUGUUAGUAAAUGGCCUUUAUGGAGAAAGAAUGUUAGUCUUAAUUAUUGAUCUUUUUUCUAAAACUAGUAUUUUACUAAUUCUUAAAGUUUAGUGUACUUUCAAUUGUUCUGGAUAUAUGCAAGGAUUGUGUUAUUUUAUGUAAGAUGUUCGUGUGUCUUCAAAUAGUGAAUAGCUUCAAUAUAAAUGACUAAGAUUCGCUUAUAGCAAAAUGUGGGAUGAACAGUUACAUGUAGCAUAAAAUAAAUUAAAUUUACAUUUUUUGUGGUACUUCAUAUGUUUACUUUGUAAUUUGGUUUGUGAAAUUUAAUGCUAAGAAGGCUAUUGAUUGAAUAUAAAUUAUCUAUAUUGUGGUUGUUGUUUUUCUAUUUAAUACAAUUUGCCUUACAAGCAACACUUUCCAGAAAAUAGAAAAUCCAGAGUGGCUUACCAACUAACAGGUGAAAGCUAGUAGAGAAAUUUAUGCAAAACAGUGUGUGAAGUAGUUUAUCAGAACAUUGUAUUCAUAAUUUAUGAUAAGGAAUUAAUACAUUUUCUAGUUUGUUUAGAUGUUACAUAUUGUAUCCUAUUGAAUUAAGAAAAAUAGCUUGUAUGUCAAAUGAGCUAGUGUUAACAUCAGGAAAUCUGCAGAAGACGUUUUCAUUUAUAUUUUUGUUUUGGACAUUUCCUGCCAAAAGGCAAUACCAGUUGGUUUGUUUUAAAUACAGAAUGAUGUGAAUAUUUAUUGAUCAGCAUACAUAACUUGUGUAAUUUAUUAGUAAAUAUUAAUGUGUAAUAUAUUAAGAAAAUGUUGUAUACUUCAAAAUUAUAUUAGUUCAUUUCAGCGAGAAAUCAUAAGAAUAGCAGAACCGUGUAGAGUGCAUGUGUAUUAUACUUUUGAAUGAUUUAGUGUUUCUUCUUAAGGUAAUUGAGAUGUAUCUCUAGUUGAUUCAUAAUUCUACCUAAUUAUUAAUAGCAGUGUUUUUAGUUUAUUUCUAAAAUGUGAACUUUCCAAAUGUACAUCAAUACAUGUUUUAUUAUUUUGAUUUGUUAAUGUUGUAAAAAUUAUGUAAAAGCUUUUGUAUUGCAAAUUGUUAGUUGAAUAAGCAAGACUUCUUGUAUCAUAAAAAUGUGUAAUUUGCUUCUUAAUAACCCUAAAAAACAGAGUUAAAUUGAUACAAUACAACAUCUGUAAUGAGUCAAGUUGAUUUUAAUAUUAUAAACUCUCUUUGGCUGUAAAUUGUAAGUAGGAACAUGUCACAUUUUUGAAAGCAUUUGGUAAUAACAUAAAAUGUCAAAAAUUAUAUAAAGAUCAGGAAUUCAAGUUUCAGGCAUAAGGAUAAAAAAAAUCCUAACUAAUACAACAAUUUUUUUUUAUAAAACAAUUUAUUUUUAGUGGUAGAAAAAACCACAAUCUGUCAAAUGGAGCAAUAAAUAAUAUAAUAUGUAAAUUACCUAUAUCAAGUAGGUAACUUGUGGUGAGGGAAGAAUAUUUAAAACAUUUUAUAUUGUAAAACUGCAGAUAUUGAAUUAUUGACACAUUAGUGUAUCAAUUUAUGGUGUAUUAAUUUUAUAGGUUUCUUAGAUGCCUAUGUUUUGUUCACUGGUUUGUGGAUCAGGGAAAAUGUUUUCGGUCCAUGUGAUAUGGUGUUAUACCAUUUGUAUUGAUUCAUGGAAUGGAGCUAGUUGAUGUUUUAUAUAGUAGUGGUUCCCAACUGCUGUCCAUGAAUUGGUGCUGGUUCAUGGAUGGGGUUAUUUCAGUGUUUUAAAGUAUAGCUACUGAAGUACAUUGUUUUACAAUGUGAUGUAAAAUUACUUUAAAAAAGUUGAUAUUGUACAAACUGUUCCAUGAUAUUGUGGGAUCAGAACUAUCUGGUCCUCAGUAGUAGAAAGAUUGGGAAUCACUGUGCUAUAGGGACAGGUAUUGGACUUGGUAGGUAGAUUUAUGGAUUAGGGAAUGGGGCUUCUGUCCUCAUGAUAUAGUGUUAUACCAGUUGGCUUGAUUCACUUAUAGAAGCUGGUUGGUGUUUGCUAUAGGACAAGUAUCGGACUUGGUAGACAGACAAACCCUGUGAAGUAACAAUGGUUUUUGUCUUUUUUAAAGUUAUUUCAGUAAGAAGCUAAAAGAUGUUUGCAAUCUUCCAUUGUUCAUAUUUCUCCACUUUAACCCCUGUGCUGGUGUUACAUACAAAUCAGCUGACCAACCCUGAUGGUUAUGAAGGUGUGGCAUGCCACUUAUUUGGCAACACAAAGACUGUUUGGAACAGAGUAUUUUAAUUAGAAAAGGGAAGGUCUAGAUGUUUGCAUAAUUAAGAUAGUUACCACUCACCAUUUUUUGCUAAAGUUCAGCUGGUUUUCAAGAGAGGAAUGAUGGAAAUUAAGUAUCGAGGUAGAUCAGGGCACUGUGUUGGUUGUAGUUCUUUUACAGUUUUAAUGGACUUGUGCUUGAUAACUUUCUUCUUAAAAUUGUUUAGCAAACUUAAUUUUGGAAUCUAUAUAAAUAAAGCAGUUAUUAUAGAAACAUAGAUAUUAAGUGUAACCAUUCAUUAAUCUGUGUGUCUUAAAUUUCUUCAUUUUUUAUUUCCACUUUGAACACAUCAAAUUUGUUUUAACUGAAUCCAAGGUUCGUUGUUUUAAAACGUAUUAUGAACUUAAAUAUAUUUACAGUCAUAACUAAUUUAGAUAUAUUAAGACUUGAUUUGGUAAUUGGAGAAACAGUUUCCUUUUUUUAACAUUCUUCUUUUCUUAUUAGAAAUUGUAACAAUUAUAUCAUGUAUGUAAAUGUUUUAGUUCAUGUGUAAUACAACAGGUUUGAAAAAACUGAUGUAUUGUAGUUUUUAGAAACUCUUUCAAUAGUAUUAUUUAUUUUGCAAUUUACCAAUCUGUAAAUUGACUGAUUUCUGUUUCAUCUAGAAUUAUUAAAAAAAUUCUUUAAUGCACAAUAAUUUUGUCACAUUUGGGAAUAUAUUUAUUAUGUUCUGUGAAAUAAAUAUUCAGGCGUGGCUCUGUUGUACGUGUCACAACCUUUCAUGGUGUUACAUUCAAAAUUUAAUUAAAUUAUAUUAUCAAUGUAUCAAUAAACUUGGCAUAAAAAUGUA